CAGAUUACAGAAUUUUGUUGUUUAAAUCCGAUUUAUGUUUUUUUUCUGGUUUUUUUUCUAAUAUUUUUCAUCUUGACAACAACAAAGUCUUUAUUGCACAUCGUUUGAAUCGGAUUUGAUCUAUCAGAAACAAGCAUCACAAAAUUACCUACAAAUGGCCUGUCCACAUCACUCGAAAUAUUACGUAUAAUCGAUACAUUCACAUUGAAAGAGAUACCAUUUAUUUAUCAUUUUGAAUCAAUGAAAGAAGCACAUCUUACCUAUCCAUAUCAUUGUUGUGCAUUUCAAUUUCCAGCUAAUCAUGAUCCAAUUGAAUAUGAACGUAUUAAAAAUUUAUUCAAUACAGAUAAAUAUUGUUUUGGAAAGAAAAACAACAACAACAACGAUGACAACCAAAUAAACUCACAUGACAUUGAUAUUUUGACAAAAAAAUCAUCACAGUCAAAAAUGCCAUUAGUUCGAAUUAGAAAAAAUGUCAGCAUUGAUGAUGAUGAUGAUGAUGAUGGCAGCAAUGGUGACCAUGAUAAUAUGCCUGUUUAUGGUGUUAUGGUCUAUUCUAAUAAACAUCCAAUUAUUAAUAGUGAUGAUAAUACUAGUAGCCAAAUACUGAGACCAUUUGAAAUAUUUGAAAAUAAAAUCAAAGAUUUGGUGGUCAAUAUUUCGGCUGGUACAUUUUUCAAUGAAAAUCUUUAUAAAUUCAAUCAUAAUACACAACAACAACAAAAACAAGAAGAAAAUAAAGAAUCAAAAUUGAAAAAUAAUGAUCUACCCGGUGAAUUUGGCAUACCACAUUUAUCAAUCAAAUCGAAACAGGAAUUCUGUGGUAGCAUUAAAAAUCGUAUGCCAAUCGUACGUUGUUAUCCAACACCUGAUGCCUUUAAUCCAUGUGAAGAUGUGAUGGGAAAAAAUUAUUUACGUUUUGUUGUAUGGUUGGUUGCAUUUGCUGCCGUUUCCGGUAAUGUUGCCGUCAUUGUUGUUCUUAUGAGUUCGCGAUUUACAUUCAAUGUAAGCAAAUUCCUGAUGAUCAAUCUAUCGAUUGCAGAUCUGAUGAUGGGCGUUUAUUUAUUCAUCAUUGCCGUUGUUGAUUUACGUACCCAAGGGGUUUAUUUCAACUAUGCAAUCGACUGGCAACAUGGAAUCGGUUGUAAAAUAGCCGGCUUUAUCACCGUAUUCGCACAAUUAUUAUCCAUUUUCACAUUAACUGUGAUAACAUUGGAACGUUUGUUUGCCAUUACAUAUGCUAUACAAUUGAAUCGUCGGCUAAAACUUAAUUUAGCCGUAAAAGUAAUGAUUGCCGGAUGGUUUAUUGUUAUAUUGUUGGCAUCAUUACCAUUGUUUGGUAUUAGUUCAUAUUCAAAAACAAGUAUUUGUCUACCAAUGGAACAUCGUACUAUUGGCGAUAUCAUAUAUCUAGUAUUAUUGUUGGCCAUUAAUCAAUUGGCAUUUAUUAUUAUUUGUGCAUGCUAUUCAAAAAUGUAUUUCUCAAUUAUAAGCCAAAAAACUCGUGCUACAAUGAACGAUAUGACUAUUGCCAAACGAAUGGCGUUAUUAGUAUUCACCGAUUUUGCUUGUUGGGCACCGAUAGCAUUUUUCGGUCUAACAGCUAUUGCCGGUUAUCCAUUAAUCGAUGUGACUAAAUCGAAAAUUUUAUUGGUUACCAUUUAUCCAUUGAAUUCAUGUGCCAAUCCAUUUUUAUAUGUUAUAUUUACUAAACAAUAUCGAAGAGAUUUUUUCAUACUUGUUUCAAGAUAUGGUUUAUUCAAAAAUAAAGCAUUACGAUAUAAACCAAGGAAUAAUAUUAAUAAUAAUAAUAAUAAUAAUAAUAAUCACCAUUAUCAUCACCAUCAUCAUCAUCAUCAUCAUCAUCAUCGACAUAUACGUCAUCCGGAUUCAAUGCCAAAUACCAGUGAUUUAUUACAUAAAUCUAAUAAUCAAUGUGUCAUUAAAUCUAUUCCCGGAUCAUCAUCUUGUAUUGAUUCAGAUUCAAAACAUCGAAAACAAUGUCGUAUACAGCAACAGCAUAAUAAUUUCUGUGUACAAUAUCAUAAUAGUGGUGAUCAAUCAGUAGUAAAUCAAUGUUCACAAUGUCAUUGUAUAAUCAAUUAUCAUUGUUCAAUGGUUAAUAUGCAAAGUGAUCAUCAUCAACAUAAUAAUCAUGGAAAUGGUAUUGUAUGUGGUUGCUCAGAAACCGAUAUUCCUAUUAUUAGAAAUGACAAUCAAUGUUGUAAUAAUAAUGAUGACAAUGAAAGACAACAACGUAUAACAGCAACAGUGGUAACAGCAACAACAACAACAACAACCAAUGUAAUACAACAACAACAACAACAACAACAACAACAACAACAACAAGGAAAUGUUAAAUUAUGCGGAAGCCUUCAUCAAAUCAUUGCACAAGAAUUCCAUAGUGAUAAGAAUAAUAAUAACAAUAAUAGUGGUAAUAAUAAUAAUAAUAAAUCGAUUAUUACUUCAUCAAUUGAUGAUAAACAUCGAAAACAUAAACGUUGUCAUCAUUAUCAACAACAUUGUCGUCAUCGAUAUAAUAAUAAACAUAAUAAUCAACAACAAUGUGAUCAAUCGUUAUCGAAUUCUUAUAGCGAUACAAAACGCCAUCUAGAUGGAUCCAUACGAAAUGAUUCGAAUGAUAGUAAUCAUAAUAAUGAAAAAGAAUGUUCUUGUGGACGAAUAAUGGUGAAUAAAAAGAAUAUGAUUGAAAUGAAAUAUUUAUCAGAUAAUCAACAACAACAACAACAACAGAGUUCAAAUGAUCGAAAUUCAUCACAAUCUUGUGAAAGGGUACAUUUUGUACGCAAUAAUGAUGAUCAUCAUUGUCGACAUCAUCAUCAUAUGGCUUGUUCAGAAAUGAUGAUGAAUGGAAGGGUAUUAUUUACACGACAUAAAGAUAAUGAUCAUCGCCAUGAUCAUCAUCAUCAUCAUAAUGGUGGAUUGAUUAUACAAUCAACAAUGGGUAAACAAACAAAAUUGAAACGAAAUAGUAUUAUUACAAAUUUUUUACAUCGUCUAUCAAUAUCUAAACAUUUCAUACGACAACAAAUGGCAACAAUAACAACAAAAUCGAAUGAAAGUUCAACUUGUGCAUUACCGGAUAAUGAAUCAUCUGAAUCUUGUUCACCAUAUUCAUCAACAAAUUCAUUACAUCGUAAUCAACAACAAAGAAAUCGUAAUAAUAAUCAACAUUGUCAUCAUCAUCGUUGUUAUACAUGUCAUUCACAAUAUCGUAAACCAUUAAAUCAUCAUUCACAACAAUCGAACAAUGAUUAUCAUUCAGAGAAUAAUAAUGUAAAUAUUAAUAAUAAUGAUGAACCAUGUAAUCCAUUACCAAUGGAAGAACAACGUGAAAUAUUACGGCAAGCAUUACAGGAAACAACUACUAUACAAGAAGCGGUUGCUGUUGUUGAAGAAUUAAGUAGCGGUGCACGUGUAUCACAUGGAUCAUCAUCGAAUAGUUCAAAGAAAACCUGAAUAUAUUCCAUUUCUAAUAAAUAAGAUUCUCUCUCUCUCUCCUUUUCACAAACUUGAAUUCAGUAUUUUUUUUCUUCAAUAAUGUGUACCUUAUAAUUGUCAUUAAAUUUUCAUCAUCAUCAUCGUCAUAACUGUGUUAAUAUAUCUGUAAUACAAUAAUA